ACGACUGAUUAACAAGGAAUUGUUUGAUGUGUCACGUCACAAGAUCAACCUGCUUCAUCAGUUUGGAGCGUCGACAACAGAUUCUUCAUCUGCCUAUAUGCUUGUCAAAGCGGCUGUCGAGCUCCGCAGUGAACACUACCAAUGGGGUGUCUCCCACACCCCAGUAUAUCCACGACGGUUUAUCUUGCACCGAAAGAACCAUUCGUGACUUGCAACCCAGCAAGUGAAGCCGAGGUGGGCGGAGGUGUCGACGACGUAUGAGGGCCUUCUUUGGAGGCGGUGCAGCGACUCAAGUACUCACUCGGGCAAUCGGCUGAGCUCAAGCUCUAUCUCAGCCGACAUCCGAGUGUACCUUGUAAUGGGUGACAGGAGAAGAAAGUACGACAGCAUCGAGGCGGCGGAUCACAGCUUAGAUGAGGUGCAGGUCAAUUGCAUAGUGGCUGUCACAUCACACGGAGCUCCAGCAAGAGCUGCAAGGGGGAUUGGCGUAGCCUGCAUCGGGAUGAGGAGCCACAACGCCUCGUCGAACUUAUCCUCUGAUCAACGUUCCGUGUGUGUAGCGGCAGUUCAUUCGAGGUUAUCCCUGGAUAGGUCAGUGCGUGCGUUUGUGAUCUGCAGCCGGUUGUUGUGUCAAAGGUAUGGCGGGCUGCUGCUUCCGCGUGAUGUUGUUCGGUUGUCCAGUGCUGCUGCUGCUCAACACCACAAUGCAAUCGUCCGCACUGCAUGUUGUAUCACUGUCAUUAUGGACCUCUCGGCAAAGUGGACCAGCCAGGCUUCACACGGAGAUUUCACAAAGACGAUUCUCCAUUCCUUUCGCCUAAGCCUGCUGCUCUUGAUGUUCCAACGGCUACAAAAAUGGCUACGAUUGUCCGUGUCUGCAUGAGGAUCGCAUCCACAGCUGCUGGGCCAAAUCUACAGGCAGUAAGGUGAGCGCCAUCGGAUUGUCUCAGCGCAUCUGUGGGAUGACCAAAUUCAUGCGCAGAUAACGCCAUGAUUCGUGCCGCAACGCAAUCUUCAGCUUGUGCACGACACCGAGCAGCU